GUUGCUGCUGCUGAUCCGGAUGAUGGUAUAAAUGGAGAGAUAAGCUUUAUCUUAGCUGAUGACAGUGAAGAUGGAUACUUUAAAUUGGAUAAAUCCACAGGACAAAUCAGUUUAAAAACAGUAAUCCCAUUAGGAGUUAACCAGCUUAAGAACUUUGUCUUGUGGAUAACAGCUAUUGAUGGUGGGAUGAUUCCAAGAAGUUCAUCAGUGCCAGUAAAAAUCUCAGCAGCUGGAGAUUCCAGACCACAGUUUAUUCAGAAAACAUAUAACGUGUCUGUGGAAGAAGAGCUAGACAGUCCUGUUGAAGUAGCAAGAGUAGAGUAUGAGUCUUUAAAUCCCCAUAUACCGGUUACAUUUCAAGUACUGACGGAAUCUGCUACAUUUGACAUCAAUGUCAAUGGAAUCAUCUUGACAAAAACCAAACUGGACUAUGAAUCCCAGAAAAAUUACAUACUAAAUAUUUCCUUGUCAGAUGGAAAUGCUACUGACUAUGCUACAGUGUUUAUCAAAGUUACAGAUGUCAAUGAUAAUAGUCCUGUGUUUGGUAUAACCAGCACUACAGUUACCAUUCUGGAGAACAUGCCAGCUGGAACUAGUGUUACCAGUGUGUCAGCUACGGAUGUGGAUGAGGGCCUUAAUGGAUUAGUGGUUUAUACUUUGAAAGGCGGAGAAGGAAAAAUGGAUAUUGACACCUCGGGAUUAAUUCUGCUGGAAAAGGAGCUGGACAGAGAAAAACAAGGCUUCUAUAACUUAACAGUGAUUGCUAGUGACCAAGGCCAACCCAGGCUGUCUACGGCUCUCAAUUUGACAGUCAUCGUUGACGAUGUGAAUGACAAUCCUCCAGUCUUCUCAUCAAGCAGAUACGAAGUGAGUGUCCCUGAAGACGAAGUGCUUGGAAGGGCACUGCUGACAGUAUCUGCUACUGAUUUGGAUGCUGGGGCCAAUGCUCUCGUGAAGUACAGAAUUGUUAGCCAGCAACCUCCAACCUCCUCACCGGUGUUUCUUCUCAGUUUGACCACAGGCCAGCUCAGCCUGAGCCAGCAGCUGGAUUAUGAAACCAUAAAGCAAUUUGAAGUAAAAGUGGAAGCAUCAGAUGGAGGGCAGCCAAGUCUCAGCACUACGACACUUGUUGUUGUGCAUGUACUAGACGUCAAUGACAACCCACCAGAAUUUAAUCAGGCAGCUUAUGAUAUAUCUGUGCUUGAAAACCUACAAAAGGGUAGUCCUAUCUACACAUUCAGUGUUACUGACAAGGAUGAGGCUGGCUUUUCUCAGGGACACUUUAUUCAUAACAGUACCCUGUUUACUGUGGAUAUCUCUGGAAUACUUUCAUUAAGGAACAACACAGAACUGGACAGGGAGACUGCUUCUGGAUACACUUUACAAGUGUGGGCAGUUGAUGCUGAAAUGAAUGGGCUUAAUUCAAGUGCCUUGUUCCACAUCACUGUUCUGGAUGUCAACGAUAAUAACCCUGAGUUCCAGAUGCAGCCAUACAGUUUUGCAAUUCUGGAGGGAGAUUACAUGUUGGGUGCUCCUGCUGUAGUUGGGCAUGUGACUGCUACUGAUCUGGAUGAAGGAGAGAAUGCACGAAUUACUUAUUACUUAUCAGCUGGGGAUGGGGAUAAUCCGUACAGCAUCCAACAGGAUGGAACCAUUUUGGUUAAUGGCUAUGUUGACCGAGAAACUAAAGAGAAGUAUGAGCUGCUCUUGGUGGCAUCUGAUAAUGGAGUACCUCAAAGGCAGAAUUUCACAUAUGUCGGCAUUCAAGUAUUAGAUGUGAAUGAUAACCCUCCUCAGUUCACUAAAGCACGAUACUCAGCCAGUGUACGUGUAGCAACAGCAAAAGAAGGAGCGUCUGUACUAUUCUUGUCUGCUACUGACCUUGACGUUGGGGAUAAUUCUGUCAUUUCAUACAGCCUCAUGAAUGAUUCUGAUGAUUUCUGUAUAAAUAACCACACUGGAGAAAUCACCCUCAGCAGUAACUUGGACCAUAUCACAGCUGACACAGUUGUUACACUGAUAGUUAUUGCUACUGAUCAUGGAGUUCCUCAGCUUACAUCAAAUGCCUCUGUUACUCUGUACUUGCUGGUGAAUGAUGCUAGCUUCGGACUGAUGUUUGAUAGCUCCAGCUACGAGUUCAGCAUUCAAGAAAAUGAACCGUCAGGGACCGCUGUUGGCUCUGUGAAGGCUUUGACUGGAAGCGCAGCCAUACAAGUAGUGUACUCUCUGAAAUCUCAUAGUGACAAGUUCUCUGUUAGUGACCAAGGAAACAUUGUGGCUCUUGCCAUGCUGGAUCGAGAAGACAAAGACCUAUACAGCAUCGUUGUAGAAGCUGUUGAUUCUGUGGUGCCACCCAAUACAGCUGUUGCUUUGGUAACUGUGAGAGUUAAUGACAUCAAUGACAAUCCUCCAGUUUUCUCAACAUGGAUUCAAACUAACCUGUCAGCUCCUGAGAAUGUAGCUAAUCUAGACCUGGGCAUAUUUUCUGCUACUGAUCUGGAUAUAGGAGUUAAUGCAUUUAUAAGCUACUCUCUGCAAGAUGAUUUUGCUGGAAUAUUCCAUAUUAACAGUUCCACGGGCAAGCUGAUGACAAAAAAGUCCUUGGACAGAGAGAUGAUGGACAGUUAUGAAUUGAAAAUAAUAGCCACUGAUUCUGGCAGACCACCACAAUCUGCAAGCUUAGUUCUGAGCAUCACUGUAGAAGAUGUGAAUGACAACCCACCAGUGUUCCCUCAGAAAUCGUACUCAGUGACCAUAAAAGAAAAUGAGCCUCCACAUGUGAUUCUGAGUGCAGCAGCCACAGAUAAAGAUAUAGGGUACAAUGCCGUUAUUCAUUACACCGUAAUUGGAGAGGCUUCUUCAUUUCAUGUUGGAGAACUUUCUGGAAAUAUUACAACUCUUCAACCUCUGGACUAUGAAAGUCGUUCCCAGUAUACAUUUAUUCUGAAAGCUUUCAAUCCUGGAGAGCCAGAUCUCCAGGACACAGCAAACAUUACAGUUACGGUGGAGGAUGUUAAUGAAGAAGGACCCAUAUUUGACAAGCCCUCAUAUUACCAGAUUCUUCUAGACAAUUCUACAGCUGGCACGCUGGUAGUAGACAUCAACGCAAGAGAUGAAGGCAGGGCUUACGAUGAAGGCAUUUUCUACAGUAUUUCAGGUGGAAACUCAGAUGGCCUCUUUAGUCUUUCCAGUACCACAGGAGAACUCAUAUUGACAGGAGACUUAUCCAAACAGACUGUUCCUCUGUAUUACUCCUUGAUGGUCACUGCUACAGAUUCAGGUCUGCCACCUCUUUCAACUUCUGUAAAGGUGUCAAUAACGAUAGCUCCUAUCAGCAUUUCAUUCCCGGUGUUCUCUGAAGCAGUCUAUCAGCCUCCCCCUCUGAGUGAGAAAACACUGCCAGAUACAUUUGUUGUGCAGAUCAGUGUGUUGUAUAAGGUCCCUGUGAUAUACAGUAUUGUAUCUGGAGAUGGAAAUGGGUAUUUCAUUAUUGAUUCAUCCACUGGUACUGUAAGAACAAGAAAGAAUUUGAAACUGGAAGAUUUUCCAGUCACUUUCAGUGUACGAGCAACAGAUUCAUCUGAUACUAGCAUAGCUAAUGAAGUUUCUGUGAAUGUGGAAGUUAUUGAUGAAAAUGAUUUCCCUCCAGUUUUCCCAUCCUCUCUACUAGAAGAAAGAUUGGAAGAGAAUUUACCCGCUACUCAGAUUGUCCAGCUGAGAGCUCAGGAUAAUGAUACAGGUAGAAAUGGUUUCCUAACGUAUGGCAUUCUCAGUGGAGAUGGACUAAAAUUCAGGAUAGAUGAAGCAACUGGAAUUCUUUACUCUACUGUCUCCUUUGAUUAUGAAGAGGAACCUACUGAGUAUACGCUUGUGAUUUAUGCUGAAGAUGAUGGAAUCCCUGAGAAGAAAAGAGGUUACUGCACAGUUGUCAUAAAGAUCAUUGAUGUUAAUGACUGGCCACCUGUCUUUGACCCAGUGACUGAAUUCAGUGUAAAUGAAAAUGCUCCUGUGGGAUUCAUAGUUGGAAAAAUCACAGCAACAGACAGAGAUACAGGAGACAACUCCUUUAUUCUAUAUAGCCUUACAGGUGGUGGAGGAAAUGUAUUUGAAAUAGAUGAAAUACAUGGCAACAUUAAGAUAAAGAACUCUCCAGACUAUGAAACCAUGAAUAUUUACAGCCUUAUAGUGAAUGCAGUCAACAAUAAAUCUGCCCCUUUCCAUCAGGCAACUACUCAUGUUACUGUUCUAGUGAUUGAUGUGAAUGAUAAUGCUCCAGUAUUUGGUCAGAAUUCCUAUUCCGCUUCUAUAAACAUGAUAAAUCCUGUAGGUGCUCAUGUCGUAACUGUGAGCGCUACCGACAAAGAUCAGGGACAAAAUGGCCUUAUUGAGUACUACAUCCUCCCCGAUCAAAACUCCAGCCCUUUCUUCCUGAUAGAAGAUCUGAGUGAGGGGAAAAUAAUUACAACUGGAAACCUGCCUAGGUCUGGAGAGAUCCAUUUAACAGUGAUGGCUAGGGACAAAGGCUCUCCAUCUCUAAAUGACACUGCUGUGAUUGCUCUUAAUGUUUUUGACAACCGUCCAUUUGUUCCUCGGUUUAACAGGAGUGAAAUCAGCGUUUCCGUUUUGGAAAACACAGGAGUGGAUUAUUUAAUUUACACUUUUACUGUGGUUGAAACUUCGGGAAAACUGAUUGAUUACACAGUUGUAUCUGGCAAUGAAAAAGGUCAUUUUAGAUUGGAUCCAAGAAGUGGUCAGCUGAGAACAGCAAUUAAUUUGAACUAUGAGGAAAUUUCUCAGUAUGUGAUUUUAAUUGAAGCAAAUGAAAAUAUCUCAUCUGACCCUGGAGUCCAGCAGUCAGGUGUGUUUUCUCAAAAUGUGGCAAUGCUGACAAUCUCGGUGCAGGAUGUAAAUGAAGAGCCAGUAUUUUUGAAUAACGCCUACUCUGCUCGGAUCCCGAACUCUGUGCCAUACAAGUACCCAGUUAUUACAGUUCAGGCCACAGACCCAGACUCAGGAGACAAUGGACUUCUGCUGUACAGCUUAGUGAAUAAUCAAGCAAACGAAUUUGACAUCGAUGAAAAUACAGGGCAGAUUUUUACAGUUGCUGUAGCAGGAAAGGUUGGAACAUUUUAUCUGGAAGUCCAAGCUGCAGACCAAGGCACAAGAAGUCUCACAGCCCAGACAACAGUCAGCGUAACUGUUGAUUCCAGCUCCAGUAACAACAUUGUGGUGGUGGCACUUAAUCAGAAGAUCAAUGUUGUUGAAAGAAACAUCGCAGAAGUAAAAAGGGUCCUGGAAGAGAAACUUGCAUGGGAUGUAUAUAUCAUUGAUGUUUAUUCCAACGAGUUUGAAAGAAAGGCAAGAAGCAGCACUGAUGUAACCUAUGCAAAAAUUAUUGCUUUUGAUGAGGCAAACCAGGAAGUACCUGCAGAAGAUGUAAAAAGAAGGUAUGAGGAACAGUUUUUGGUUAAGAAGCAAGCUGAAAUUAUGGAAGGUAUUGAUAAUCUGUCUGCAACUGACAAACAUGGAAGUCCAAGAAGCUUACAGAAACCAGAGCACACGAAUAAUGUGAAAACUGAAAGAAUAGGAUUUAGCAACAUGGAAGACACCAAACGAGGUGGUGCUGACAAAGACAUACUUCAGGCUGACGAAAAAUGCAAUUACCUCGAGACACUGGAUUGCAACAGCGACCAUGACAAGAAUGUACCAUCUGAAAAAAGUGCUGAACCUAGAAACAUAGAUGUCCAGCCCACUGUGGAAUUCAAAACAAAACAGGAUUGCUUUCUGAGAGAUACAAAUCAAGAGUCAGCUCUUUCCUUAACACCUGAUUACACAACGUGCACCCCUAAAAAGGAAUUGAAAGGAGUAAAAUUUUCAGAAGUAGCUGUUAUUUUGGAUGCAGAGCCUGAAGAUGAGGAACCUGAUCCUAAGGAU